GGAGGGGGGGGGCUCACCUGAUCCUGCUCGAAGCUGAUUGGUGGAGGAAUUCUGAGGCAUUGGUUUCUUAUGUUCUCUCUGAUUGGGAGAAGCAGGCAGGGUGGGUGGGGCCAUGGUCACAUGGUGCAGCUGUUCAGCCCUGAUAGGUUUGUUUGUCAUAGACAGCAGGCUUGGGUGACGCCUAAGAUUUUUCUUCUGCUGAUACCAUAUGGUUGCUUGAUUUUUGUUUUUCAUUGCGGGUGCUCUGAAGUUCAGGAUUUCCCUUCAACGUGCCGGUAGUUAAUUUUCUGCCUCAACACCCCCGACACACAUACACAGACACGCACCCAAAAGCAGUACCCGCUCCACCACUGUCACAGAGACAUUUGAUGUUAUACACAAGGCAAGAUAUUAAAUUGCAGUAAUUGCACAUUAAAAAUUUAAAAUUUUACAAAAAAAAAAAAAAAAAAAUACACUGAAAUUUCUUGCGGGUGCUGAGGAGAUGCCCCCCCCAAGCCCCUCCCUGGUGUCACUCCUUGCAGCGAGUUUUUGUUUGUGUAUUGCUUUGCUCCUGGAGGUGCGUUGUUUCAGUAAAACUCAUGCCACAUGAUGGGUUGCCCUUGAACUGUGGAAUGUGUGUGUGUGUGUGUGUGUGUGUGUGGGGGGUAUGUUUCCCUCUCAGAAAGUACUAUUGAUCAUAGUCCCAAAAAUAUCCUGCCCUUUGCAUUAGGUUGUUUAGUGAUUGUCCUUCAUAGGCUGGUGCUGAUCUGUUCAAGCUGCGUAGUGGCUCUAUCAGAGGAUGUGGCUGGCUAUACACUGGCACUGCAAGGACUCAUGGUUCACCUUGCAGAAGCACUCUUACUUUUCCUAGCACCGCCUACCUGGAUAUCUGCUGUGCCAAGUAGAGGCUGUGGUGGUCUGUCAAUUAUAAUACUUUAUUCAUCCCCUUGGGGAAAUUCUCAUUUCACCUGCUCCAUCUUGUUAUCUGUGACACACUGAUGUGGCUGUUCUGUCGAGGCUGGGCUCAAGCCGGCGACCUUCCCAUCACAGGCACAGAGAUUCAGCUCACUGAGCUACACGCUGCCCCCCAAAGGCCCUCCAGCGGUUGGCCAUGCAGUAUCAGAAGAAAGACAGAAUAAAAGGAGACUCUGCAAGCUCUUGUGGCGUGUUUGCAGUGUGGCGCUCUCUGGUGGAGGCGACAGCGCGUUGCGGGGCAGCACGUGUUAGCGCCGCGGAGGGAUACCGCUCGCUGACAGCCGAGGUGAUGAAGACGCUUCGGGUUUCCCAGGAUCAGCGGGCCAAGCGGGGCCUGGAGCAGCUACAGCGGGUCCAGGCUGAGCUUGUGGAGGCAGUGCGUGAGCUGAAUAAGGCCCAGAAGCGUUACUGGCAGAUGGGCCGCAUCACCGAUGUGGCCAGGGGCAAAGCAGCCGACGCCCAGGCCAGACCCAAAAAGAGUGAUCAUGGGAUCUUCCCCUUCAGGACUGGAGUACAGAAGAUGAGUGCAAAGCUCCAGGCACGCCUGACCGACUGCCACCGCCGCCUGACAGAGGUGCGCAACGAGACCCUCCUGGCCCUGGCAGCCGUCCACGCGCACCAGCGGUACUAUGGCUGUGUGGAGCUCCCCGCCAUCAUGAGAGACAUGGACGCUGACUUGUUUGACCAGCUUCGAGAGCAGUUCACCCUGCUGUGCAGCAAAGAGAUCGACACCUGUGACCUGGCACAGAGCGAGUUCGCCAGGAUCCAGAUGGAUGCCAGCCAGGUGACCCGCGAGGAGGAGCUCCAGAUUUUCCUGCGAGAGAGCCCGACCUUCAGCCGCCCGUGGGAGGUCCACUUCCAGGCGGUGCCCGGCGACGAGGUGAGUACCCUGCAGCCCCUGAGCACCUCGACGGGAGACGGCAGCUGCUUGGACAAGGAGGCACAGAAAUGGGCCGCCAAGGCUGCGAAAGACUACAAGAUCAUAGCUCAUGGGGAGAGGGUCCUGCAGACCUUGGAAAGGCGGCGGCCCCAACUUAAGGAGGACGAGGCAGAGGCUGGGGUGGAGCGGAAGAUGGAAGAAGUGAAGGAGAGUGUGAGGAAAGCUCGGGUGAGUCGCGUCAAAGCGGAGGCCCGGCUGGCCCUGCUCACGCAGGCGGGCGUGGACGUGGAGGCUGUGGUAAGGAGCGCCAUGAGCCAGGCCGAGGAGGAGCUGGAGAUGGAGAGGAGGCUCAGCGAGGCCCGCAGGUCCAGUGGGGAGCCCGCCGCAGAGGAGGAUGAUUUUGAGUUCACAGACUUUGAGGAUUACGAUGAGAGCGGCGACGCCUUCUCGGACUGGGGGGCUGACGCCGCCCCCUGCAGCUUCCCCAUUUCCUGCAGGGUACUUUACACGUACCAGGCCUCCCAGGCGGACGAGCUGUCGAUCACAGAGGGGGAGGAGCUACAGGUCAUUGAGGACGGUGACGUGGAGGACUGGCUGAAGGCACGCAACGCGGCUGGCCAAGAAGGUUACGUACCAGAAAGAUACCUGCAGUGGCCAGCAGAGGGUUCUGUCUCGAGUCUUUUGCCAAAGAACCUUCAGCUGGACUCGUCCACCAGCAGCUGUGAAUCAUCCCCCAGUCUCCCCUGGAGGCAGCAGGAGGAGUCCCUGCACUCUGGGGGGAUGGUGCGAGCACUGUACGACUACCACGGGCAGAGUGUGGAAGAGCUCUCCUUCCAGGAGGGGGCGCUCAUCCGACUCCGGCGCUGUCGUCACGGCGAUGUUGACGACGGGUUCUGGGAAGGGGAGCUGGACGGCCGCGUGGGGGUCUUCCCGUCGCUGAUGGUGGAGCUGCUGGGGGAGGGCGCGGAAGAGGAGGAUGAUGGAGAGGAUGAGUGCUCAGCUGUUGCUACGCUUCCCCUGUUCUCUCCUCCGGCCCCUGGGGAGUACACCGAGCGCUGCUCUGCCUCGGCGCCGGGGUCCUGGUCCGCUGACCCGGAGGCCCGCCUGGCUGAAGUGCAUGACCUCCUGACGGAGAACCGAGGAGCAGGUGUCAGCAGUGCCCACAGUUCCCCCGACCUGAACGCUAGGAGGAUCAGGCCGGCCAGGGCACCUCCGCUGCCCCCUGUCCACAGGCAGUACCCCGGACCUUGACCGCCAUGGGGUCGCCAUCCCCCGCCUGGCCGAGACUGACUAGGCUGUGCCGGCUCACAGCAGGCCCCCUCCGCUAUUUCCGGAGCAUUCCCAGAUCUGUGCCACUGAAGCUGAAGUCCCCUGUGCAGGGAAUCUCUCCCAGGUCUCUCCUGUGGGAAUGGCGGCUUGGUUCUGAAGGAGACCCCAUCCCCACCACCCAUGGCACAGCAGUAUGGGAGGAUCUGCUGAACACCGGCAUCGGUCUGUUAACCUGGCCACCAGCGGCAGAGAAGCCUGUCUUGACCUCAGGAGCUUGUACCUCUGAGUGCUGUGUGUUUCAGGGUAAAGCGUUUCCAGGCUAAAGCCAUAUUGCGUUAUUAACAUUUGUUUAAUUUUUAAGUAAUGUAAAGGGACGUCCAUGUUUUUAUUGUAAACUGUAAAAUGUAAGAUUAUUAAAACUUACAACGUAUCUAAAUUUA